AACGGAAGAAUUCCUAGCUUCUGGUUGUUUUCCGUCUCCACCAGAUUUCAUCUUUUUAUCCGUUGAUGGUGAUAUCUACAGCGUUCUGGUACAGCUAGGGUAAGGUGUUUUGACGACCUUCUUCUCCUGUUCUUCCUCCUCGUCUCCUCAUGGAGGAGAUGUACGCGGGCUUGGCGGAUUUUCUUAAGAGGCCGGAGGUGUUGGAAACGCUGAUCGACAUCGUGCUGUGCACGGUGCCGAUCUGGGUCGCCGUCAUGAUCGGGUUGGUGAUAGGUUGGUCAUGGAGACCGCGAUGGACGGGGCUCGUUUUCCUUGGUCUGCGUAGCAGAAUUCGGUUCUUAUGGACUGUGCCGCCGGGUCUUGGUGCACGAAGACUAUGGUUGGCGUUCACUGCGCUAUCUGCUUUCUCUGUUUGCCGCAAGCUGUGGUCAAGCUUCAAGGUUAAGGUCCAAGAGCCCCCCGCCGGCGAGGAACGGCCAGUUGAAGGAGAUGCUGCGGGGUUCUUGAGUACCGGAGCAUUUGAUACACAGAAAGAUGCAGUAACAGAUAAGGAUUUGGAACACCUGAUUCAUCUUCUAGAUGGUAGGGAUGAAGAUAUGGUGUGGCAAAAUCAAAUGGAGCGAACCACAUCAAACAUGAGUUACCAAGCUUGGCGCCAUGAACCUGAGACUGGUCCUAUAGUCUAUCGUAGCAGAACUAUUUUUGAGGACGCAACUCCAGAGUUGGUUAGAGAUUUCUUCUGGGACGAUGAUUUUAGAUUGAAGUGGGAUUCUAUGCUUGCUUACUUCAAAAUGUUGGAAGAAUUUCCGGAAUCUGGAACAACGAUUGUUCACUGGGUAAAAAAGUUCCCAUUCUUCUGCAGUGACCGGGAAUAUAUCAUUGGUAGACGCAUUUGGGAGUACAAAAAAGCUUAUUACUGUGUGACCAAGGGCGUUCCCUAUCCUUCUCUGCCUAAGAAUGAAAAACCGAGGAGGGUUGAGCUGUAUUUCUCAAGUUGGCGAAUAAAAGCUGUGGAAUCCCGUAAGCAAGACGGACAGAUUUCUGCCUGUGAAGUAACCUUGGUUCACUAUGAAGACAUGGGAAUCCCAAAGGAUGUAGCAAAGGUGGGAGUUCGCCAUGGAAUGUGGGGAGCCGUUAAGAAACUUCAGUCAGGCAUGAGAGCUUACCAGCUGAUGAGGAAGACUGAAACAUCCCUUUCUCGCCACGCCAUUGCCGCGCAAAUCAUCACCAAGGUACCCUCCAUCGUCAACAUAAUAGAUCUUUCAGGCGAAUCCGAAGCAUCCGGUGGAGAUGAAUCGAGCAAAAGCCAGAGCGAUGACCCGAAGAGCGGAGUUCAUGGAAUUGACUGGAAAUGGAUUGCCAUUGGUGGCGUGGCUAUUGUAUGUGGCCUUCAUACCGGCCUUAUAGGGAAGGCUCUUUUGAUCGGAACUGCAAGAAGGAUUGCCCGGAAUUGAUCCAUCUCUUCUGUCUCUCUGUGCAUAGCAAAGCCUGAUUUGUAUCCUAUUUGGUUGUCAUAAUUCAAGUAAAUGAAUCCUAGUGAAAAACAAGAGUUUUGUUGUGCCCUUGGGGCCACAGGGUUUUAUCGUCCUCGUACUUAGCCCUCUAUAUAAUGUUCCAGGAGUCCCACAAUACUCCAAAUUUGUUGUAUACCAUAGCUUUUACCUGCCAGAAUUCGGAGAAAUUUUUUUAUCAGAAAUUUAUUUUUGAGGACCUGAAUUGGAUUGAAUUUUUUUAGUUCUAUAUGUUUGGUUUGUAAUUGAAUGAUAAUGAUCUGCAAUAUAUAUAAGGACUAGUUGGA